CUGGCCUUCGAUUACGAGUACCCGGAGCAGGAAAGCGAGAUAGCUUUAGACACCGACGAGUUCACUGCCGUAUGUCCCUGGACAGGCCUCCCGGACUUUGGCGCCCUGACCAUCCGCUACGUUCCUGACAUGAAGCUGCUGGAGCUGAAGUCCCUGAAGUACUACCUGCUCUCAUACAGGCAGGUUGGCAUUGUGCAGGAACACGCCGCCAACCGCAUCCUGAAAGACCUGGUGGCCGCGUGCCGGCCCCAUCGAAUGGCCGUAUCACUGGACUACAAGACCCGUGGCGGCAUUCACACGACCGUGGACGUAGCCUACCAAGCCACGGAAGUCUAA